AUGGCGGCAACGAUGCCAUCAACCCCGUCGGGAGAGCUGGAACAACCGCGCUCAAUGGGGGGGAGGAUUUUCAAAAACAGCAACUCCUCCUCCUCAAAAGAAAAAGAAGAAGAAAUAGAAGCGAACGAAAGAAGGAGACAACAGUCAUCGACAGAAACGACAUCCACGUCGUCCGUGUUGAUGCAUUCUCAGAUAUUAGAGUUGGAAACGACGAUUCAAGUACUCCGAGAGAAGCUUGCGUUGGCGAAGAGUUUGGAGGAAGGGAAUAGGAGAAAUCUCCAGGAGAAACAUCGAAAGUGCGAAGAGUUGAUACAAUCGAACGAUGAUUUGAGAUGCAUGCACAGAGAAGUAUCGAAAGAGCUCGCCAAGUUAAAAAGAUUCAUAUCGUCCCAAGGCGUUGGCAUUUCCAGCAUGAGGUCGGCCGCGGCAGUAGCAGCAGAUGAAGACGACGAUAACGAUGAAGACAGCCAUUCGUACCUCGCUUCGCUUCUUACGGAAGCUAAAAGUGAAGUUCUCGAAAAGCAACUCAAAAUAGACUCGUUAAAGCGGAAACACCUCUAUAUGGAGAAGGAGGUCACGCGAUUGCUAGAAGAACAGCGAAUUACUUCGAAGAAAGAGAUGAAAAUGACGGAACAGUUUUCUUUGCAACUUGAAUACGCGCGCUCUGCAGCUCGGGAAAAAGACGAAGAGAUUGAUGAACUGAAAAUGAGUAUUGAAGCGUUAGAAGCGGACAGAAAAGCGUUCGAAAACCAACUCGAUCACAUGUCAGACAAGUCAGUAUCGUUGAUUCAAGAGUUAGAAUCCGAAAAGAAAGAACUGCGCGACGAAUUGGUGCAAACGCGGGAAGCGCUGAAAAAGACUUUUGAGGAGGCUAUGAGUUCGAUGCAACGAGAAUACGAUAAAAGAGAGGAGAAAACAAGAAUCGAAAUGCGGGAGAUGAAGAAAGCGGCAUUCGAGACAUCGAAGAAAGCGUACGUUUACGGGCGAAACUUUGCGUCUUUGCAUUACGAACGUGAUUUGGAAAACAUUACGCACGACGUGGCGAAAAUGUUUCACGUUCGAGAGACAGAAACGGAGAGAAAGUCGACGAACGAGCAACGUGUAUUCAAAGCGAAACUGAAAGCUCAAAGAGGUUUUUUGCUUCAAACGCGGGAACAGCUAAAACUUGCAAAGGAGAAUAAUGCCAAGCUCAGUCGCGAGUUGACAAAGACGUACGUAGAGGCUGGCAAGGAAAAGGAGAGACUUGAACAAACGCGAAUCGCAGAAUUAACCAAACUAAAAGAGUGCAUUUCAGAGCGAAGAAGAGAUGUGGAAACCGUUCAAAAAGAGUUCAAUGAUCUCUUCGCGAAGAAAGCGAGAAAUAAGGAAGAUAAUACUCUACAAAAAGAACUGGGACGGGAACACACUUUAAAUGUUGCCGCGCUCAGUGAUAAACUUCAAAAGGCGGAGAUGGAUGCAGAAAAAUUUGAAAUGAAGAUGGUUGCGCACGCAGUGGAGAAAUCAAAACAUUUCGAGGAAACAAUAAACGCAACGGCUCUCGAAUCUGAACGAAGAACGGAAGAAAUGCUUUCGCUCUCGGACAGAAUACGUUCCUUCAUCGAAGAAAAGAAAGAAGUAUCUGCUUUGGACGUCGUUGUCCAUAAUGAGGAGAAAACGUCGAGGAAGUUGUAUCGAAUAUUUAAGGACGACAGCGUCGAUGAGGAGAAGGAAAACGUCACCGAUUUCUCAUGGACGCCCAACGAGAGCAGCAGGAAGAAGCCGAAAUCGAGAAUAGUUAUUCCAAAGAGAUCUCCUCUCUCGACGAUGCGAUAG